CCCUCACUAAACAUCUGUUUCAUUCCAGCAGCUCCACGCGCAGAUGGGCUGAACCAAUCAGGACUCGCGAUGCCGAACAGAGGAAUGUCGGCGCUGUUUGAAGUCUGCGUGUGAACCGGCCUGAUCGACAGCUCGUGACGGCUGUUCCCGGUUAGUGACCGCCCCCCUCACCGGGAUGCUCGGCUCUCCCAGCAGCACCCAGUGGGAGACGUUCUCCAGCGGCAGGAUGAGCGCGUGCAGCCCGCUGGAGGAGCUGCACGCGCUGCACGAGCUGCACGAGCUACACGAGCUCGCCUUCAUCGAGAGGCCGGCGCGCAGGAGCCUCAAGACCGCGGAGGAGAUCGACCAGCUGACUGUGGAUGAAGACCUGAAUGACAUUGAGAGGGCCGUCUACCUGCUCAGUGUGGGCCAGGAGGUGCAGCGGGCGAGUGUCAUCAGUAACCUGCCGAGCCUCGUUCGUCAGAGUCCAGCCGAGACUUUCCGUCGGGUGGUACCAAAGGUCCGGGAGGUCCUGAAUGGAGCCGGAUCAGAGAUCCAGCUGGCAGCGGCGGCCUCGUUCCUCACCAUCCUGCAGGACGACAUCAUCCUGAUCCACACCCACACCUUCUCCAUCCUCAAGACCGUCCUGCUGCACCUCAACCACCGAGACACAGCGGUGGGCAACGCGUGGCUGGAGGCCCUGCUGUGGGCCAUCAACGCUCUGCCCAGAGAGACCAUCAAACAGGAGGUGCUGAACCCUCUCCUCUUCCAGUCUCAGCUGUCUCACUCUCUUCAGGCUCGUCUGGCUAGCUGUCGCAUUUUAGGAAAAGUUGCUCACAAGUUCGACACUCACAUGGUGAAGACGGAGCUGCUGCCUCUGGCCCGGUCCUUGUGUCAGGACCGGGCCUUUGAGGUCCGGGGCUGCAUGUGCCGCCAGCUGGAGUCCAUCUCCAGAGCCACGGGGGUGGAGGACACCAGGACGGAGCUGCUUCCUGAGCUGGUGGAGCUGGCCCGGGACGAGGAGAGCAGCGUCCGCCUCGCCGCCUUCGACACCAUCAUCAACCUGAUGGACAUGAUGGGCGCCGAGGACCGGCUGCACGUCGUGGUUCCCAUGGUGAUGUCCGUGUGCGAGGUGUCCUUGCAGGCGGACGCAGGCGCCAUGGCGUCUUUGUCCUUCCAGUUUGGGAAGGUCUGCAGUGGACUGGCAGGCUCCCUGUCAGACGAGGAGAGGGCCCGGCUGCUGCAGAGGUUCAAGGUGCUGUGUGUCGCCGGCUUGCAGACUGAGGGGAGCCCGGCUGAGUCCACGCUGGUCCGCUGUCACUGCUGCUACAACCUGCCGGCCAUGGUGGUGUUUGCCGACUCGGUUCACUUCCUGCCAGAACUCUACCCGUCUUUCUCCAGUCUUUGCUGUGACCCACAAGUCAGCGUUCGACAAAGUGCUGCAGCCAGUUUCCACCAGGUGGUGAAUCUGCUGGGCUCAGACGCCCAACUGGUCUACAAAGAGCUGGUGGCUUUGCUGCAGGAUGAGGCUCUGGAGGUGUUGGACGCUCUGGUGAAUCAUCUGGAGGAAACUCUGGAGGCAGUUCUGUCCAGAGGAGAGAACCUGGUGCUGGACAACAAGUUCCCGGAGCUGCUGUCGGCUCUGCUGCUGGCGGAGCAGAAGGUGGGCCUCUCUCUGCGCUGGCGGCUGCAUGAGAAGCUGCUGCAGCGGUACAGUUGUCUGGCGAGACUGCUGCCUGGGAAACUGCUGCACCAGAACUUCUCCCUUCGCAUCUUCACCAUCCUCACCACUAAUAAGGUGUUGCCGGUUCAGAGAGAGGCUGCUCGGACCUUCUGCACAUUCCUGCGUUACAACCGCAAACAUGAGCAGCGCCAGGAGAUGAUGGAGCGACUGAUCCAAGAUCUGGCUCAGGGGCGGAGCUACUGGAACCGCCUGAGGUUCCUUGAUGUUUGUGAAACGGCCUCUGAGAUUUUCUCCAGGAAAUACUUUAACAAAUACUUCCUGAUCCCUGCGUUGGAGUUGGUCCACGACCCCGUGGCCAACGUCAGGUACAAGCUCUGCCAGUUGUUGCCAAGAUUGCGUUCAUCGCUCCGCCUGCCGGCCGACAAGCAGCUGCUACAGCAGCUCGACUUCUGCGUCCAGAAACUCCUCUGCAGGGAAAAAGACAAGGACGUGGUGGCCAGCAUCCGCAAGACGGUUCUGGAACUGGACAAACUGGACCUUGCAGAGCCUUAUGUUGUGUCUUGGCAGUUUCACAAGAGACAGGAGAGAGAUUUACUGGACCAGAAGAAGGAGAAGGAGGAGAAUCUGCUGCUGGAGAUGCAACAGCUGGAGCGCCAGCAGAGUGAAGGGAAACUGAACGAGAGAAAACGAAGAGACAGUAAAACCAGUCUGUCCAUCUGCGUGUCCUCGCCAGGAGCCACGGCGGCGUCCUCCGGUAAAGAGACGAGGAAGGCCAAACUGUCGAGGAGUCGAUCUCUCAGCAGUCAGCCAACGACCUCCAAAGCUGCCAACUCAGAGCGACCUCUGAAAGUGAAAGAGCCGAGCAGCAUGUCUGGACCUGGAAAACCCCCCAUGUCCUUGAUCAAAGAUGACCCCUUGAGGACUGCCCAUUUCUCUACAGCAACCCAGUCCACCUCCUCCAUGCCAGUCCUGAUCCGCAGCAACACCAUCAGCCUCCUGGAUAGGGCCAGCACACUGGAUCAGAGAGAUCACAUAACCAGUACACUACCCCACAAAACACGUCAAAUGGACCGCAGGAACAAUAUGAUGGAGCAGAGAACAAUGGACCAUAGAACCUCAGCUACUGACCAGAGAGACCACAGGACCAGUACCAUGGACCAGCGCAGUAAAACGAUGGACCGCGGGUGUAGGGUGAAGGAUGGCCAGUCCAGAAAGCUGUCCAUAAACAGGAAGUCGAACUCCUUCAGCGUCCAGUCGGGAAGAGACUGAAGAUGAUGAUGUCAUCGUACCUCCUCCAGGCCAUGAGCCAAUCAGCAGUCAGGGUUCACAAGUUAAAGACAAGUAGCGGCUUACCCAGAAUGCACCAAGACAUCAUCUCUUCCAAACAGAGACAUUAGAGUCUGAUCUGUGUAUUCUCAUGAUCUCAUCCUGUCUCCUGAUUGGUUCAGUAAACACACUUACAGAC